UAGUCGGUGAAAUUGGUUCAACUCUGUUCCAACUUCCAACAACAGUAUCUCUCUCCUUAAAAUCUAACCAUUUUCUAUUUUCUUUUUCAUCCUUUUUCUCAAUCUCUCAUCACUAACCUUUUUUUCUUUCUCACCCAUACAAAAACAUGAACAACAACAACAAUCACAAAACCCAAUCCCAAGAUGAAAACCCAUUUGCAUCACCGUCAUCACCUCCUUCUACAUCUGAGAAUUGGGGAACUCACAUGAUGGGAGCACCAGCAGUCCCAAGUAGUCACCCAGACAACAAAAAAGCAGCUUUACAAACCGAUCCACAACAACAACAACAACCUCAGGUUCAGUAUUACCAACAUGAUCAUCAUCCUUAUAUUCAACACACCCCUGUCGAAAAACCUGCCAACAGUCCCAUGGAAUCAAUUCUCCACAUGUUCGAUUCUUGGAGCAAAAAAGCAGAAGCCACCGCCAACAACAUCUGGCACAACCUAAAAACAGGGUCUUCUGUCUCUUCAGCUGCAAUGGGGAAGAUGAAUCUGACGGUAAAAGCGAUAUCAGAGGGUGGAUUUGAAUCACUCUACAAACAAAUAUUCACUACCUACCCAAAUGAAACGCUGAAAAAGACAUUUGCUUGUUAUCUUUCGACGACAACAGGACCUGUUGCAGGAACACUUUACUUGUCUAAUAUUCAUCUAGCCUUUUGCAGUGAUCGUCCAUUGAGUUUCACUGCUCCCUCUGGUCAAGAAACUUGGAGCUACUACAAGGUGAUGGUGCCUUUGGGGAAGAUUGGAACGGUUAAUCCUGUGAUCAUGAAAGAGAAUCAAUCGGAGAAGUAUAUCCAGAUUGUGACAGUUGAUGGGCAUGAUUUUUGGUUCAUGGGUUUUGUUAAUUAUGACAAAGCAAUGAAGAAUUUAUCAGAAGGUGUCUCGCAUUUUGUUGUGCCGGGUUUAGCAGUGCCAUCGACCAACUAGCUCUUGAGGCUGAAAUUUUAACCAUUUCUGUUAAAUUAUAGAGACUUAAAAGAGUGUUUGUGAUUGUUUUUGUUUGGUAUAUCAUUAUGUAAUACCUUUGUUUAACAAAAUUAUUUUGUAGUUUGUGUAUUGAAUCGGUAUAUAAUAAACUUAGUUACUCCACGUUUAAUAUGUGAUA